CAUACACACACCGAUAGGCUAGAAAGUUGGAUGCUUCAGUUGUGAUACGGAGAAGUAGAGUGCGCACUGUUAUGGAGAUUUUAAAAAGUGUUUUUGGAUUAUUAACAACUUGAUUUACACAUAUAUGUGGGAUUUACGAAAGUUUAAGAUCUUGUGAAAACAAUAAGAUGGAAAUUUUAUUCUGAAGGAACACAUUGAAGGAUUUACCCUCCGUACAAAUAUUAAAGGAAUAUUAAUAAAAUCUUCAAAUAUUUCAAUUUUUUUAACCAAAUUUUGUGUGCCAUUUGAAAUAUUGUUGAUGAUGUGAAAUGUUCAUUGAUUCUUCUGGAUUAAUAUACAAGAUAACCUGAAUGUGUGAAAGGAUUUGAAAAAAAUGUUAUUUUGCUGAAAUCUGAUGUUCAAUUCGUGGAGUUAAGACUGAAAAGUGUGACGACGCAAUGUUACUGUGUUUUCCGAGGACGUUGGAUUUAUGAUAUAGUGUAACUCGUGGACAUGGGCACAAGCUUUGUUUUUCUGGUAUUGAUAUUUGCAUUAGGAAUAUCAGUGGCAGACAAACCAACUCGCCCACCAGAACUAAAGGACACCAACCAAAAUAAUGACUUGAAAGUGUACGAAGGCGCCAAAGCAAGGUUACGAUGUACAGUGAAAGGACAUCCACGUCCCUGGAUCAUAUGGACCAAGAACAACCAGAGCGUCUCUCCAAAACUAGAACCUAGGUACAAAAUCAAUAGAAACGCCCUCGUCAUAGAUAAAGUACACCGUAACGACACAGCGGUCUUUUCCUGUUAUGCAUGGAACAAACAUGGGAACGUCUCCACCACUUUUACAUUAACGGUUAUCACAGAGGAAGAAGAAGAGCCGGUGGAACAGUCAUAUGCCAUCUCCAAAUGUAACAAAAAGGAAGAAGGGCCACCAUCUUGGAAGCCGAGUAAAGAGAACUCUCGGUGGAUUGCACGCCCGGCACGUGCCCCAGUGGAACUGAAAUGUCAAGCGUGCGGAAACCCUAUUCCCAACAUCACAUGGUACAAGAACAAUCUCUAUAUCGACUCCAGUGUCAAGGAAGGCAAGUACCAAGUGGAUGGCUAUAAGUUAAAGAUGACCGACUUGACCACUGAGGAUAAUGGCAACUAUACGUGUGUGAUCCAAAACAAGCAUGGGAAACUUCUGUGGAUGUACAUGCUCGAAGUUAUAGAUCGAAAGGUCCAGAAGCCCGAUGUAGAGGGUCCGGUGAACACAACGGCUUAUGUUGGUGAAAAUAUUAAACUCCAUUGUAAGGUGAAAAGUGACAUCCAGGCACAUAUACAGUGGGUGAAGCACUAUCAGAUAAACGGCACCUACCGCAAACCAGACGGCACGCCUUACGUCCACGUCAUACAGGGUCGUAGGCAAUCAACAUACAACAUGACUAACCCAGAAAUACUAGAGAUUCUCAACGUGUCCAAGUCAGAUAGAGGCUGGUAUACAUGUCUGGUUUCUAAUUUUGCUGGGAGACGGUUUGGAAGUGCUUGGCUGACAGUCGAAGAUGAACGUCCUGAUCUCCAUGGCAAUGACAGUCUUAUCAACAUGAGACGAGCACAGGAGGAGCCACGAAGUACAAAGAAAGAAUACACAAUCAUUGCUGUUGUUUCUGUGUUCUGUGUUGUCUUCCUCAUCGUCAUCAUCCUUCUCAUUUUCGUCUGUCGUCGCAAGUACAACUCACGUGGAAAAUAUGGCUGUGUGAAACGCGUGAUAGUCCUGAAAGCUAAUGAAAUCUACUAUCCUGACAAGGCUUCGCUUGAAGGCCAACCCCUAGUUAUUCCACAGGUCCGUAUUGAGAACUCAUCUCGGCGACGACGUUUGUCAUCCGACCUCACCUGUAUGUUUGAGUACGACCUGCCCCUGGACAGCAAGUGGGAGUUUAACAGAGAAAAACUGACUUUGGGCAAACCGCUUGGUGAAGGAGCUUUUGGUCUUGUGAUGAGGGCAGAAGCUAUGGGCCUCAAGCCAUCUCCCCUCACCUCCACUGUGGUUGCUGUGAAAAUGUUGAAAGAGGAUGCAACUGAUCGAGAGUUGACGGAUCUGAUGACCGAGAUGGAAAUGAUGAAGUUAAUUGGUAGUCAUAAAAACAUCAUUAACUUACUUGGAUGUUGUUCACAAAAUGGUCCCCUAUACGUAGUAGUGGAAUAUGCGCCCCACGGAAACCUCCGUGACUUCCUGCGGGCGCGACGACCUCCAAGCUCGGGUUACGAGAAACCCAAUUUGGAUGGAGAUGACCGAGCUCUCACAGAAAAAGACCUGAUAUGUUUUGCUUACCAAAUAGCGAGAGGCAUGGAGUAUCUGGCUUCCCGACAGUGUAUACACCGCGAUUUAGCAGCCAGAAAUGUGCUUGUAGCAGAAGACCAUGUCCUGAAGAUAGCCGAUUUUGGUCUAACACGAAACAUUACCAAUGUGGACUAUUACAGAAAAACUGGAGAUGGUCGUCUGCCUGUCAAAUGGAUGGCUCCUGAAGCUCUGUUUGACCGUAAAUAUACUUCAAAGAGUGACGUGUGGUCCUAUGGUAUUUUACUGUGGGAGAUUUUCACACUGGGGGGUAACCCAUACCCCUCGGUACCAGUGGAGCGGCUGUUUGAGCUGCUGAGAGAAGGACAUCGUAUGGAGAAGCCGCCAUAUGCCUCCAUGGAAAUGUACGACAUGAUGAGUGAGUGUUGGGCACAUAAUCCCAGUCACCGACCAUCAUUUAGUAUGCUGGUCAAGGAACUGGACAAGAUCCUUACAGUCCGUGCUAGAGAGUUCCAAGAAUACUUAGAUUUGGAGCCUGUUGAAAGUAGUCGGAGUUCAGACUGUCGGACGUCGGACAGUCAGUAUUCUUCCAUGUCCCGGAGCAGUAGUAGUGUGGACGAGAGUGAAAUCACAAGUACAAGUAGUAGUGGUAAUGACUCGGAAACGGACUGUGUGUAGUAGUCAAACCAGCAACCUUGAUCAAAGACACCAAACAAUACCUGAUCAAAAGUGAGAAAAAACACGGAAAUUAGAGGAAUCUUCCAUGUGGAUUGUGGACUCGCUAUAUUGCUAUAUUUUUUUCCUUGUGUAUGCGUGUUACCCGUGGAGGUCAAGGCAGCAGAGCAGGGCAUCAGCUGUGUCAAAAUGAUUCGCACAAAACCGGACAGAGUAGGGAGCACAUGUCACUUACAGGGUAUCGAAGUGCGAGAGUGGAACGAGUGGCGUGAGUGUGUGUUUGUGUACCUGUAGGUGUCACAUGGGCGAGACAUUAUACCUAUCUAUGCAAACAGUGUGCCAAGUGUCGGGAAGUCGGGAAGAUUUCACCGCAGACGUUUCCUUUAUUUCUAAAGAGGCAAGAUGUGUAUAAUACUGUUCAUGAAUGUGCUUUAAUGAUUAUUUCCAACAUUAUGGGAGUUCUAAGAUGUGAAUAUUUUCGUAGUGAACAACCAGACAAGGAUUUUGGAAGGACAAAUUGUGAAUAUUACACUGAUUUGCAGCGUGAUCGCACCUUUGAGGAACUGCCACAGAAACAGAGACGGAUCAAACGUACAGGAUACAUUAUUUGUUGAAACAUUUUUCCUCCAGUUUUGGUCGUGUGCGACACGGACUGUAGAUUCACCGAGACACAUCGAGUAAUGUGGUGGACAUAAUAUUUUGUCUCAUGAUGUGAUCAUUUUUGUGUGGGUGGUCUCGGAACAACCAGGACAGGGCUCGACAUACCUUGUCUAGUGACUUGACCACGUUAUUGUGUCGUUACAUGCCAUGAACUCUUUAACAAUUAUAUUAUUGAUAGUGUCGUGAAAUCCAGCCAGUAUGUCCAAGACUUGCUUUUUCUAUAUUUUUUUUUUUUUUCUCAAACUGAAGACACAACAUGUGACUCGUGUCUGUUGCUAUCAACGAUCAUCCACAAUUAUUGAUGUUUUGUAUGUUGAAUUGUUGCGUUGGUGACACAUUGGAACAGAAGUGACGCACAUAUUAUAACAACCCAGCAUUACACACCACCAGUUGUCUAUAUAUUGUCCUUGUUUACACUUUAUGUUGACAGAUAAAUAUUUUGUAUCAUCAGUUAAUAUUCUUGAUCAAUGGAAAAAUGACAUCACCGCACAAUUUUCAGAUCCUUCAAUCCAAAGGUUAUUCUAAUUACAUCUAUGUUUUCAAAAUAAAAAUUUAAGAAAUUACUUAAAAUUAAGAUUAGUUUCCCAAAUGAAAAAAUAAAAAGAUCUAAAAGCUCUAAAAAAUCACUUUUAUGACCAUUGUUUAAUCAUAACGAUAUUUCAAGGCUAUUGUUUGAGAAGGUUAUUAAAUUGAAAAUUUUUCUGUUUCUGGGUUUUAAUAUUGAUCUUAAAAAGUAUAUUAUUGUUACUUGUAGAUUUGACUUUGGUUCUGUGAUGUCAAAUUGUUUCCCUACGUUAGAAUUUGAUCAUUAAUAGUGUUGAUCGAGGUUUGUCUCUUUGUAUCAGGAAGUAUCAAGGGUUCAUUCCGUGGGAAUAUUUAAAAAGGGGCCAUUUUUACAAGGAUGGCAACAUGUAUUUUCAUGAAAAAUAAAAAUGGGAUGUAUCACUAUUUAAUUCUAUGUUAACUUCAGUUCAAUGAGUGUCCUUUUUCCCCAUGUGGUUAAUUCACAAUCUGAAAGAGUAAGUCCUAAGCGCUAUGUUAAUAUCGUAUUUAUGUAUAUUUGAAAUGUCUAAUGAAUGUUAUUAUUUACGAUGCUGCUAAGAUACAUAUUGUAUUUGAGAUAAUGAUCAUGAUUAAUAAUUAUUUCAUAUCUUGGAAGAAAAUGUCUGAUUUUGUUGUAUUUUUCUCUCUGAUUUGACUCUUCAAUGUUUUAUAUGAAACUUUCUGGACAUUUUAAUAAAAUUGAAGCUGCUGGAAACUUCAAUGAAUUGAGCCAGUAGUGUUAUAAAUAGCCUUGUUAUUGACGAGGAGUGUUAUUAUGUAGGAGACUAAUCAUUGUUAAUACAGGCGUUUUGUUUCUCAGAUUUUUAUAUGCUUUUAGAAAAGGUUUAGAUAAGCCUUAUAUUUUUUAUUGGUUUUGAUUAACAUUAGUUAUAAAUCAUGUCGCAUAUGAAACACUGAUCGUUUGUCAGUUUUGAAUUGAAAAAUAAUUGUUGACCAAUUUUUUUUUUUUUUAGAAUAAGAACAAAUAGAAUGCACUGACUUUUAAUUAACUGUGUUUCUAACUGCCAAACUAAUUAUCAUUUUAGACACAAAUUAUUUUUAUUGCCAGUGGUACUGGUUUGAUAUUUCCCAGAGAAGUGGAGAUUUUGUUCUAAGAUUUUUUCUUCAAAGGGACAUAACUCAUGUCGCUGCCAGUGUAAUGUUUUGUAUGGAAGCAGUCUAUUGGUCGUAUUUGGUGCCAAGUUGUGUUCAUGUCAUUUUUUAUUUUUUAAAAGAGCAGUUUUAUGUAAACAACUAGUUCUGCUUUUGUUGAAUUGAAUUUAAGAUUUUAUGUAUUUUUUAGAAAGAAUUGAAAGAUUUAGCAUAGAAAAUGAAAAUAUACAUAUGUACAAAAUAUUUUGUAGUGAUUUUGGAAUGAUGAGGUAAAAAAAUCAUCUUUGGUUAUGAUUACGAUUGAUUCUAUAAAAAAAAUUGUUAAUACUUGUACUUUCUUUUAUUCUUAAAGCGUUUUUAUUUUUCAUAAUCGAUUGACAAUCGAAUGAUGUGUUAUCUACAGUUCUUGUGAAGAGAUUCUAUGUGGCGUUUUGCUAUGCGAUUUCAAUAGGAAGUUAUCUAUAAUUUUCUAUUCUUUUGUACAAUUAUUUGUAAAAUCAUUUAUAUCUUAAAUAUAUACAAGUCUUCCUAUUUUGAAUCAUUACAUAUAUCUAUAACUCAAUCGGCAAAAAUCGUCUCAAACAAUGCCUCAGCUAUGACAAGAAGGUUUUGGUGAAGUUAAAUUGUAUUAAUUUUUGUAAUAUUAACAACAAAACAAAAAUUCUAUUUAUUUGCUCAUGGGAAAGAAAUCCAAAAUUUAACAAUCAAAAUCGUGUUAAACCUCAUUUUUCAUGAAUUAGAAAUCAUAUGACUGUGUAUAUCAUUCUCUUACUGUGGACGGGUUACACUGUAUAACUAUGUUUCCCUGAGUGAGAUUUCCCCAUCUUAGACCACAGUAGAUAGAGACGGGGGAUUACCAAGUAAUCCAUUACAAUUGUAUGAUGUCACUGAACGUCAUUAUUGCAUUGAUGCGGGAGGCCAUGAAGUUAAAAUGAAAAAUAAGUAUUCCCUACUUUGGUGGUCAAAAUGAGGGAUUUCUUCUCUUACCACUUGGUAAAAUUCUAAAGAUACCAAAAACUUUUGAUAUUAGUCAAUUUAAGAAGGUUACCCAUUACUUCGGUUCCCCCUGCAGCUCACUGCCAAAGUGUUGAAGGAUUCUCUUAGUAUUUACAGUAUAGAGGUUGGUGGAAUCUCAAAGACAACUUUUCAUAAAAAAAAACAAAAUAUUAACAGCUAAUGAGGUUUGACUUCUCAAGCAUGUAAUUGAUUAGUUUUGAUAAAGGCUAUUUUUGUAACAAUUAUUUUGUGUUUUAUCUCCAGAUUGUGUUCAUGUUUAAACUGCAAUAACAAAUAAAGUGUUCAUUCAGCUGCAUUUAAGCUCAUAACUAAAAUGAUAUUGCAUUUAUAGAAAAUAUCUCUCACCUUUUAAACUCUCUCAAGUCAAUGUGUUCAAGUCUAUAACUUCAGAUUUUUUUUUAACUUUGUUUUUGUGAGUUACAUGUACAACAGUAGGUAUCUUGUUAUGCUUUUUUAUAUAAAUUUCCAUUUGUUGUUAGUAUAUAUGCAGAUGGAAAUCUGCCUUGUUAAACUUUAUCACAGUAUGUGUCUGUACUAUGUAUAUACAUGUACACACCUCUCUACCAAAGUGUUACAGACAAUGUCAAAGGUCAAACAAUCAACAGAGGUCAACCGCACAUAGGUCGGAGGUCAAGCAAACAUAGGUCAGGGGUCAACCAAACAAUAUAGAGGGGGUGGGGGAGGGUCCACCAAGCAACAUAGGUCGGAGGUCAAACAAACAAAGGUCAUGGGUCAACUGAACAAUAUGGGGGGGGGUCAACCAAACAACAUAGGUCGGGGGGGUCAACCACACAUAGGUCAUGCUCUUUUAACUUGGUCAAAGGUUGGCCAAAAAGAAAAAUUUCAGUGGGCAGUGGAUCAAAUUUGUGGCAUUGUGUAUAUACUGUACUAGUAAGUUCAUAGGGUAUAUUGUUCUGGAAAUAGCUAGAGUGGAUAUCGAACAGAUACUUAAUCGAUAUAUAUAUGCACAAUGUAGUUUCAAGUCAGUUCAAAUAAGAAUAAAAAAAAAAUGAAAAAAAAGAGGUAAAUAUCUAUAUAAAUUUAUAUACUAUAUAUAUAAAAAAAAAUGGGGAGAAAAAGAUUGUAUUUGUCGGUAGAUUCACUCUGUAAGUGAUAUUGUCCUAAGACUUCUCUGUGACACUUCGGUAGACAUUUGUAUGAUGUCAUCAACAGUAUUGCCAAAUUGUUCUGUCCCAAACUCAUUCAUAAAACAUAAAAUCACCAAAAAGCAUUUAUUGUCAUAUCAACAUCACAAACUAAUUACAUCCUGUUUUUCAUGUUUAAUAUUUAACAACUCAAUUACAACCAAGUACUGAGAGGUUCAAAAUCAGAAACCACACAGUAAAUUGAAAAUUCCUACAAAAAGUCAAAAAUCCAUGUUGUUCCUAAGAUAGAAAUGGGCUUUUCAGGGAAGGGGAGGGAUUGUGUAUAUAGGUUCAGGUAAAGGGAGGGAUUAUGUAUAUAGGGGGAGGGGGGAAUGUGAAGCUUAUGUUCUAUGACAGUUUGAAGACGAUCAAAAAUUGUCAUGACAGGCAUUUACGAAACAUUCUUGGAACAUUUCAAACUUAAUGAACAUGAAAGUAGAUAAAAAUGUUUAUCAAUGAAAUGUUUCUGUUAGAGAAACCAGUAUUCAUGUACAUACAAAAAAUAUGUGACCUACUUGGUUUUAAAGACUAUCUUUAUGGAAGUGCUAGGAGUGAUAGAUUGAGUUGUUGAAGAUUGUACAUGAGAAUGAGGACGUGAGACAUUUACUUAUCAGAGAUGUUGUUGGUAACAGUGAACUCUGUAGACAGUGUUGCAUUGUAUAUUAAUUAGGGGAAAUAAAGAUUCCAGCAAAUCAGUGCAAACAAACAA